CUAGGCUCGCAGAUUACUUCGAUAUAAUUGCAGGAACAAGCACGGGUGGCCUUGUUACAGCUAUGCUAACAGCUCCAAACAAAGACAAUCGUCCUCUAUUUGCUGCUAAGGAUAUAAAGCCCUUUUAUCUUGAGCAUGGUACUAAGAUAUUUCCACAAAAUAAUAUGAUACUAAUUGGAUCAAUAAUAAAGGGAUGGAAAUUUCUAACAGGACCAAAGUAUAAUGAAAAGUAUCUUCAUCAAGUCAUAAAGGAGAAAUUAGGGGAGACUAAAUUGCAUGAGACUUUGACUAAUGUUGUUAUUCCAACUUUUGAUAUCAAGAAUAUACAACCUACAAUUUUCUCUACUUUUGAGGCAAAAAAACAUUCAAUAAUGAAUGUUAAGCUUUUCGAUAUAUGCAUCGGCACAUCUGUUGCUCCAACAUAUCUUCCAGCACAUAAUUUUCAGACCCAAAACGAAGAUGGCAAAUUUCAUGAGUUCAAUCUUAUUGAUGGUGCUAUCGCAGCUAACAAUCCGGUAUUAAAUAAUUUAACCUAUUGUAUGUCACAUUAAAAUAAUUGAACUUUA